AGUUUACGAAAGACAUCGCUGGAGAAAUAUUUAUUAUUAAAGAAGAAGAUUAUGCUGUUUUGGUACCGUCGUACCACGUGAUCGUUGUUGUCCGACGUGUAAUCGAAGACUGAAUUAUUAUCAUUAUUUUUAUUUUAUUAACGUGUAGUGACAUUUUUGGUGUGGGUGACUAUUAUUUUUGAUUGUUUCUUUUUUGCCGAUUGGAUUAAGUGAAAACCGCCAAAAUUUUUUGUAUACCUUGGAUACCAUUUUUAUCCAAAAAAGACUACGAAAACGGAUUUAAAUGCCUUGAAGAAGAUCGGGAUUCCUCUAGCAGGGACGAUAUGAGAGAGGAAAUGAUGGAAGAAGCCGCGGUUUCUUCCGCCGGCGAAUUCGAUUUAACAAAUAUAUGCGAAGAAGAAUUCGAACUUCACACUACUUAUAUUGUUCCCGAUCUUCCCGUGGAUUCUGGGACGCCGAACAGGGCGGAAGCCACCCUUCCGAGAAAUCUUGUACUCAAAUCUUCACAAGUAGUCGCUAAUGCUCAAGGAGUAUGGAGUACAGGUUAUAUACCACGAGGCACGAGAUUCGGGCCUCUAGUUGGGGAAAUUUAUGCCAAAGAUUCUGUACCUAGUUCCACCAAUAGAAAUUACCUUUGGAGGGUACAAGUAGGUGAAGGGUUCUAUAGAAACGGAAACCGGGAUCAUAAGCUUUACAAAGAUAACGAGUUAUACUACUACAUUGACGGCUACGACACAUCCAAAGCCAAUUGGAUGAGGUACGUGAAUCCGGCGUAUUCGGGGGAAUCCCAAAACCUCAUAGCUUGUCAAUACAAAAUGAACAUCUACUUCUACACGAUAAAACCGAUCCUACCCAACCAGGAGUUGUUGGUGUGGUAUUGCAAAGAAUUUGCCGAGAGACUGAAUUACCCUUUAACCGGAGAACAAAUGCUGAGGAGACUAAGACAACAAGCUCAACAAGCGUCUGAAAUCACCGUAAGUACAACAGAACCUCCGACGUCGUCGAAAGACCCUCCGUACGAACACCAACUGACCCCGACGGAAGGUAGCAUCAGAUCCGACGAAGGAUACCACAGUAACGAAUACCACGACGACGCUUUCACGCCGCCGGAAGAUUCCAGCGAUUCCGAUAGCGAAAACAACUACGUUUUAGAUUUCAGCAAGAAAACCCCCAAAGAAACGACAGUUAUAAAACCGGUGAUGCAGGAAAAUCAGAAAAACGAAUACAGAAAAGUGAAAAUAAAAAUAACUAAAGCUUAUCAUUACAAAUCGGUUAAAUGUGAAAGUGAACCCGACGUCGAUAAAGAGACGAACGCGGACGCUGCAGUACCUGAAGUAACUACGCUAACGCCGAGAAUAAUCAGUCCUCCGACGACUGUAAUCGUAAUGGAUUCCCCGCCCCAAGAAGUUCCUAACAAACCUUAUUACGAAACGGAAGUCAAGACCGCCAACGUCAUCUCCAGAUACAGCCCGCCGUCGUCUAGUAUUUUGGAAAAUAUUCUGUUGAGGAAUAGGAUAGAUACCAAUAAUAAUGAUAAUAAUCACCACAGACAGAGUAACGCUACACCGCCUCCCAGUUCCCCUACGGAGAUGGCGUAUUCGUAUAAAAAGAGCCACAGAUAUUCAACGAUACCUUGUAGUCCAGAUUCCAGUUCGAAUAUCCAAGCACCAAACGCAUUGCCACCUAGUCCAACAGCCCUGAAGGCAGAAGUACAAAAUAACCCAUACGCUACUCAUCAAUCAGAAAAUUAUUCCAUGCAACCGAGCAGCUAUUACACCGUAUACCCUUCCUCCAACGGUAUCGUCCACAGUACCAUCACAUCUUCCCCAACACACCAUACGUAUUCUCCACCUUUAUCCACAAACUUCAACAACAAUCAUCACAGCAGUUCCAUAGUUCCAUCCGGACACAUCGUCAAUUCGAAUUUGACUCACCAUUUAUUAACGCCCCUACCCGCUCUCCAAAUCAACGGAAGAGGUUCCCCUAGUUCCAAAAGCCCCGAUAUGAAAUACGAUCUGAAUCUAUGUUCUAGCAGUCCUACUAGCCCCAACGGGGGACCUUCCAGGGGCUACAGAAGCCUACCGUACCCCUUGAAAAAGAAAGACGGUAAAAUGCAUUACGAAUGCAACGUCUGUUGCAAAACUUUCGGUCAGUUAUCGAAUUUGAAAGUACAUCUUCGAACCCACAGCGGAGAACGACCUUUCAAAUGCAACGUCUGCACCAAAUCCUUCACCCAACUGGCGCAUCUUCAAAAACACCAUCUGGUUCAUACGGGGGAGCGUCCCCACGAAUGCGGCAUAUGUAAAAAAAGAUUCUCGUCGACUUCGAAUUUGAAAACUCACCUCCGACUACACAGCGGGCAAAAACCGUACGCUUGCGAUUUCUGUCCGGCGAAAUUCACGCAAUUCGUACACUUGAAGCUCCACAAGAGACUCCACACUAACGAGAGACCCUACAUCUGCCAGGAAUGCGGGAAGAACUACAUCAGCGCGUCUGGAUUGAGGACUCAUUGGAAAACCACGAGCUGCAGACCGAAUAACAUCGACGAAGAAUUAACCGCCGACGGAUCUUCGAAUGGUUACUACGAAUUUUCUGGAACGGAUAACGGUCUAGGUCCCAUAGAAUUGAAGGAUAAUUCCGACGAUCCCAAGGAUACGUUCGAAAUCCAUUCGCAACCUCACGUUAACCAUCCGGUGCUACAUCCGGGUCUAUCGAGGCCGCUUCCGUCUCUUAUUCAAAACGGUAAUCACCAGAGACCGUCGCAAAAUUCUAUAAUUACCGGAAAGGAAACCAGACCGAGUGUUAUCGAAUCUUCUCAGCCCCACAUCAUUGAAUGUACCUAAAUUAUUUACGCUCAUCUAGUUUGUAAUUUCUGUUAAGUUUUUUAAUGUUUAUUUAUUAUUAAUGUUAUUUGUGAUGCUAAGUUCCGAAAGAUUUUACGUUUCGUAUGUUGCUGCAGACUCGGUUUCUUCUUAAGAAACAAAAAUGAUCUCGAAGUACGACUAACGCAACUUUCCUUCUAUUCUUCCUUUCUUUAACCAAGGUCUUAUCGACAAUCGCCCACCGGUACCUUCUGGCUUCCGACGUCGAACCACCAGAUGGAUAAGUUCCGCCUCGACCACCGAAACCGCGGUCUUCCUCUAACUCGCCGUCCUCCAUGACUCUGCGCGGGUAUCGAUCAAAAACUUCUUCUCCACGUGUCCCAGCUACCUCCCGGAAUGAAUACUACCAAAUCUGUCACAACUCAACGCUCCUCCGGAUCUUCCACGCACCGUUAUCGCCAACUGGGUCAAAAAUCUUCCAUAGAAUCUUAAAUUCCCAGCAGUUCAAAAUCUAUUAACUCAUCGUCGUCAUAGUCCAUGUCUCGUAUCAAUACGUGAGUCCAGGAUGGAUAAAUUAUGAGGUUUGACCUUUUUGGAAGCUCUUUGGAGUGUCCAGAAGCAUCUCAGUGCUCCUCCGGAUCUUCCACGCACAGUUAUCCCCAACUGGGUCAAAAAUCUUCCAUAGAAUCUUAAAUUCCCAGCAGUUCAAAAUCUAUUAACUUAUCGUCGUCAUAGUCCAUGUCUCGUAUCAAUACGUGAGUCCAGGAUGGAUAAAUUAUGAGGUUUGACCUUUUUGGAAGCUCUUUGGAGUGUCCAGAAGCAUCUCAGUGCUCCUCCGGAUCUUCCACGCACAGUUAUCCCCAACUGGGUCAAAAAUCUUCCAUAGAAUCUUAAAUUCCCAGCAGUUCAAAAUCUAUUAACUUAUCGUCGUCAUAGUCCAUGUCUCGUAUCAAUACGUGAGUCCAGGAUGGAUAAAUUAUGAGGUUUGACCUUUUUGGAAGCUCUUUGGAGUGUCCAGAAGCAUCUCAGUGCUCCUCCGGAUCUUCCACGCACAGUUAUCCCCAACUGGGUCAAAAAUCUUCCAUAGAAUCUUAAAUUCCCAGCAGUUCAAAAUCUAUUAACUCAUCGUCGUCAUAGUCCAUGUCUCGUAUCAAUACGUGAGUCCAGGAUGGAUAAAUUAUGAGGUUUGACCUUUUUGGAAGCUCUUUGGAGUGUCCAGAAGCAUCUCAGUGCUCCUCCGGAUCUUUCACGCACCGUUAUCGCCAGCUGGGUGAAAAAUCUUCCAUAGAAUCUUAAAUUCCCAGCAGUUCAAAAUCCAUUAACUUAUCGUCGUCAUAGUCCAUGUCUCGUAUCAAUACGUGAG